GGAUAAUUUGUUACACCUGGCACCUUCGUUGUUCUUAUGUCCUUGGCUGUAAUCAAAAUUUCAUACCUGUUACCAUGAAUAUGAGUAAUAGGAACCUGUUCAAGUUGCAAGCCAUUAGCAGUAAUCUCUCUACACACUUUAUCUUGCAGGUGUCAACCAACUCCUCUGGCAUCGUUCAAAACUUUUCAUGAGGCAUGCCAGACUGCACUGCAGAACAUUUAUCUGAAGAAGAACAUGACAGAUAUUAAAACACCUGUUCAGUUAAAUAAACUUGAGGGAUAUCUGACUGGGGCUGAUGUAUCAUGUAACUUUUGUGGAUGUAUUUUUACUACAAAAAGUGAAUUAGCAACUCAUCUGUCAAUGAAACAUUGUGAUACAGUACUUCAUUGUGAAAUUUGUGAUGGAAUAUUUUGUGAAAGCAAAACUUUGUUUGUUAAACAUAUGGAAAAUCAUGAAGACCAGUUCGAGACAGCGUGUAUAACAGAAUCUUUGUCAGAAGUUAUAUGUACAGAGAAAACUAAAUCUCACGUGCUUGAAAAGUGUGGUAAUUUCCCUUGUAGGGACCGUGGUAAAAUAUUCAUGAAGAAGUCAGAAAUGGUAAGUCACAUGAGAGAUGAUCACGAAGAGAUUAAUAUUUCUGAAGCCUUAGGUACUAGGAGUGACGAAAAUGUGAAUAGGAAGUUGGAGCAUUGCAUACAAGAGAUAAAUGAGAAAUUUUCAUGCAAUGUGCGUGGUGAAGUUUUUGCAACAAAAUUUGAUGCAAAAAGACAUAGUAAGAAUAUGCUUUUUUUUAAAUGUUUAAGAAGCAGGUCAGAUAAUUCGAAAGAAAGUGAAGAAUUACAGCAUUUAUUAGAAUCAAAUUCCAAAGCAUGUUCAAAUGCUGACCAAAAUCUUAAUUCUUCAGAAUUUGCAUAUGGUGUGCAUGGAAAAUCUUUUGCGAGGAAUUCUGAUGAUGCUGUAAGACACAGAAAAGCUUUGAUCCUCAAAAAAGAGAGCAGGGAUACUACUGUGGGAGUUUGUGCUGACCUGACAAGAAUAUCCAUUGUUUCACAGAAAGAAAUAGCUUGUAUGAUAUGUGAAAGGGUGUUUACUAGGAAGGCUGAUAUGAGAAGACAUGUUAAAAAUGUGCAUCAUGUACAGCAAGGUGAUGGAAAUCCAAGUAAGAGCCAUGGAGUUGAUUCAUCCACAGCUCAUAUUGACCCCCCACUGAGUGAUAGUGGGAACAGCAGCGUAAUUAAAGCAAAAGAUACAUCCUCUGAUACUAUAAUUAAGCAUAAGGGCAAGAAAAGCAGUGCUGAUGAUGCUGUGUCACGCGCUAAAAUUAAAGUUGAUGGGAAGACUUACUUUCAUUGUCAAGUCUGUGGGAAGAAUCUGUUCCGUAGGUGCACGUAUGUGAGGCAUAUGCGUAUACAUACAGGCGAGAAACCUUUCACUUGUCAUGUUUGUGGCAAACAGUUCCGAGCUGAACCACAGAUUCAACGUCAUGUAAGAGAGGUUCAUGAGGGUAUCAAGGAGCAUGCUUGCCCAAUAUGUGGAAGAAAGUUUGCCAACACCCGCACAAGAAAUGAUCAUGUGACCGUUCAUACAGGUGAACGUCGUUUAGUUUGUCAUCUAUGUGGCAAGAGAUUUAAAACACGUGCGACAUUCCAUACGCAUAAGAGGUCCCAUACAAACUUAUUCCCUCAUAAUUGCACUCAUUGUGGCAAGUCAUUCAGACGGAAAUAUGAAUGCACAAAACACAUGAUGAUACAUACGGGUGAAUAUCCUCAUGAAUGUGACAUUUGUGGGAAGCAUUUCCGAUAUCAGAAUGAGAUGAUUAGGCACAAACUGAUCCAUUCAGAUCACAAGCCAUUCAAAUGCAUGGUGUGUCAUCUUAGUUUCAGGCAAGUGAGGUACUUGAAAAACCAUACCAUGAAAACACACCAGGGCCAUCAGUUGGGAGGAAAGAGUGAAGAUUUGCACCUGGAGGGCAUAGGGAUUAUAAAUUAAUUUUUGUAAACUUGGCCUGCAUGUGUGAUCACAUAAGCAAGGUGAUAAAGGUGGAGUUGUCUAGGUUAGAACAGUGGAAUACUGAUUUUCAAGUCAUUCAUAAAAUGUAUAAUAGAAUUAAAAGGAGUUAAGAAAUAAUGUCUUAACAGCGGAUCAGCUGUGCUACUUAAUGUCUGUAUGAUUAUUAGUUUUUCUUCAUUGUGUAUCGGACGACUGUUAUAUUGCCAUGGUUUAUGAAUAUCUCAUUAUUAAAAUGACACUAUCGGUAUAUUAUUAUUUUACACACACUGUAAUUGAGUUUAAGACUUGCAUAGUGCCGCAAAGCUGCAGAUGGUAGCACACAACAUUGUGGGCCGUGAUGUAUUGAAUAAAACAUAAUGAGAAUUUAAAGAGAAUACUGUUGGUACUAUAUGCUAUGUGGUGUUCUGCAUAUGAAUGCUGAUGUGGACUAGCAAGAAUCAAGCAUCAGCAGCUGUAAUCACUCUGCACACUUUGUC